AGAGGCUCUCCGGAGCAGGAAGCCAGGCCGCGGGCAGGGGAGGCUGCGGGGCCCCUCGCUGCAAAGGCAAACAGGAAGGACUGCCCCUCGAGCUCUCGACUCGGGGCCCGGGAAUCUCCGCCGCCGCAGAGCCGCAGCUCCGGGCCGAGGGUAAGGAGGCGAGCCGGGAGCGGGCGGCCGGGGGAGAGCCCCGCGGGUCCCCGCCGCCCCCGGCCCCAGACGCGCCGCGCCUCGCCUCGCGGGCUCCCGCCGCCGCCCCCGGCCUCCGCGCGCCCGCCGCCCGCCCUUCCCCCCCGCCCCGCUGCGGGCCGGCCGCCACGAUGAAGGCGGGCUCGGGGGAUCAGGGGAGCCCCCCGUGCUUCCUGCGCUUCCCGCGGCCCGUGCGGGUGGUAAGUGGCGCCGAGGCCGAGCUCAAGUGCGUGGUCCUGGGGGAGCCGCCGCCCAUUGUCGUGUGGGAGAAGGGCGGCCAGCAGCUGGCGGCCUCCGAGCGCCUCAGCUUCCCGGUGGACGGCGCCGAGCACGGCCUGCUGCUGAGUGGCGCCCUGCCCACCGACGCGGGGGUCUACGUGUGCCGCGCCCGCAACGCGGCUGGAGAGGCCUACGCGGCGGCCGCCGUCACCGUGCUGGAGCCGCUGGCCCCUGAGCCCGAGCCCCAGCCCGCCGAGCGCCCGCUGCCUCCUCCCGGGGCGGGGGAGGGCGCCCCGGUGUUCCUGGCGGGGCCCCGGUCCCAGUGGGUGCUGCGGGGGGAGCAGGUGGUGCUGACGUGCCAGGUGGGGGGCCUCCCCGCGCCCGCGCUCUACUGGGAGAAGGACGGGAUGGCCCUGGACGAAGUGUGGGACAGCGGCCACUUCGUGCUCGAGCCCGGCCGUGCCGAGGGCGGCCCCGGCGUGAGCCUAGCGCUGCGCAUCCUGGCGGCGCGGCUGCCGGACUCGGGCGUCUACGUGUGCCACGCCCGCAACGCGCACGGCCACGCGCAGGCCGGCGCGCUGCUGCAGGUGCAUCAGCCCCCCGAGAGCCCGCCCGAGGACCCCGAUGAGGCUCCCAAGCCCGUGGUGGAGCCGCUCAAGUGCGCGCCCAAGACCUUCUGGGUGAACGAAGGCAAGCACGCCAAGUUCCGCUGCUACGUGAUGGGCAAGCCCGAGCCCGAGAUCGAAUGGCACUGGGAGGGCCGCCCGCUGCUCUCCGACCGCCGCCGCCUCAUGUACCGCGACCGCGACGGCGGCUUCGUGCUCAAGGUGCUCUACUGCCAGGCCAAGGACCGCGGGCUCUACGUGUGCGCAGCGCGCAACUCGGCGGGCCAGACUCUCAGCGCGGUGCAGCUGCAUGUCAAAGAGCCCCGUCUGCGCUUCACCAGGCCCCUGCAGGAUGUGGAGGGCCGGGAGCAUGGCAUUGCCGUGCUGGAGUGUAAAGUGCCCAACUCCCGCAUUCCCACGGCCUGGUUCCGUGAGGACCAGCGGCUGCUGCCCUGCCGCAAGUACGAGCAGAUCGAGGAGGGCGCUGUCCGGCGCCUCAUCAUCCACAGGCUGAAGGCAGACGACGACGGUGUCUACCUGUGCGAGAUGCGGGGCCGGGUGCGCACGGUGGCCAAUGUGACAGUCAAAGGGCCCAUUCUGAAGCGGCUGCCCCGGAAGCUCGACGUCCUGGAGGGAGAGAAUGCGGUGCUGCUGGUGGAGACACAGGAAGCUGGGGUCCAGGGGCGCUGGAGCCGCGAUGGGGAGGACCUGCCGACCAUCUGCCAGAGCAGCUCCGGCCACAUGCAUGCCCUGGUCCUUCCAGGGGUCACCCGAGAAGAUGCCGGCGAGGUCACCUUUAGCCUGGGCAACUCCCGUACCACCACUCUGCUCAGAGUCAAAUGCGUCAAGCACAGCCCCCCGGGACCCCCGGUAUUGGCAGAGAUGUUCAAGGGCCAUAAGAACACAGUCCUGCUGACCUGGAAGCCCCCCGAGCCGGCUCCUGAGACCCCCUUCAUCUACCGGCUGGAGCGGCAGGAGGUGGGCUCGGAAGACUGGAUCCAGUGCUUCAGCAUCGAGAAAGCCGGAGCCGUGGAGGUCCCAGGGGACUGCGUGCCCUCCGAGGGCGACUACCGCUUCCGCGUCUGCACAGUCAGCGAGCACGGCCGCAGUCCCCACGUUGUGUUCCAUGGGUCUGCUCACCUCGUGCCCACAGCCCGCCUGGUGGCAGGUCUGGAGGACGUACAGGUAUACGACGGGGAAGAUGCGGUCUUCUCCCUGGAUCUUUCCACCAUCAUCCAGGGCACCUGGUUCCUUAACGGGGAAGAGCUCGAGAGUAAUGAGCCAGAGGGCCAGGUGGAGCCUGGGGCCUUGCGAUACCGGAUAGAGCAGAAAGGCCCACAACACAGACUCCUCCUGCAGGCUGUCAGGCACCAGCACAGCGGGGCACUCGUUGGCUUCAGCUGCCCCGGUGUGCAGGACUCGGCCGCCCUCACCAUCCAAGAGAGCCCGGUGCACAUCCUGAGCCCCCAGGACAAGGAGUCGUUGACCUUCACGACCUCGGAGCGGGUGGUGCUGACCUGUGAGCUCUCCCGGGUGGACUUCCCAGCGCGCUGGUACAAGGACGGGCAGGAGGUAGAGGAGGGCGAGUCGCUGGUGGUGAAGAUAGAUGGGCGCAAACACCGCCUGAUCCUGCCGGCCGCCGAAGUCCGAGACAGCGGCGAGUUUGAGUGCAGAACAGAAGGCGUCUCAGCCUUCUUCAGUGUCACCGUCCGAGACCCCCCGGUGCAUAUCCUGGACCCCCAGGAGCACGUGUUUGUGCAUGCCAUAACCUCUGAGUGUGUCAUGCUGGCCUGUGAGGUGGACCGAGAGGAUGCACCCGUGCGCUGGUACAAGGAUGGGCAGGAGGUGGAGGAGAGUGACUUUGUGGUGCUGGAGAAGGAGGGGCCCCACCACCGGCUGGUGCUGCCUGCCGCCCAGCCCCCCGACGGGGGCGAGUUUCAGUGCGUCGCUGGAGAUGAGCGUGCCUACUUCACCGUCACCAUCACAGAUGUCUCCUCGUGGAUCGUGUACCCCAGUGGCAAGGUGUAUGUAGCGGCCGUGCGCUUGGAGCGUGUGGUGCUGACCUGUGAGCUGUGCCGGCCGUGGGCCGAGGUGCGCUGGACCAAGGACGGUGAAGAGGUGGUGGAGAGCCCCGCAUUGCUCUUGCAGAAGGAGGACACCGUCCGCCGCCUCGUGUUGCCUGCCGUCCAGCUGGAGGACUCCGGCGAGUACUUGUGUGAAAUCGAUGACGAGUCGGCCUCCUUCACUGUCACUGUCACAGAGCCCCCGGUGCGCAUCAUAUACCCCCGAGAUGAGGUGACCUUGAUCGCCGUGAGCUUGGAGUGUGUGGUGCUGAUGUGUGAGCUGUCUCGGGAGGACGCCCCUGUGCGCUGGUACAAGGAUGGGCUGGAGGUGGAGGAGAGCGAGGCCCUGGUGCUGGAGAGCGACGGGCCACGCCGCCGCCUGGUUCUGCCUGCGGCCCAGCCCGAGCAGGGGGGCGAGUUCGUGUGUGAUGCUGGAGAUGACUCAGCCUUCUUCACUGUCACCAUCACAGCCCCACCAGAGAGGAUCGUGCACCCGGCAGCUCGCUCCCUGGACCUGCAGUUCAGGGCUCCAGGGCGUGUGGAGCUGCGCUGUGAGGUGGCCCCUGCCGGGUCCCAGGUGCGCUGGUACAAAGAUGGGCUGGAGGUGGAAGCAUCGGACGCACUGCAGCUGGGAGCCGAGGGGCCCGCUCGCACCCUGACCCUGCCCCACGCCCAGCCCGAGGACGCCGGGGAGUAUGUGUGCGAGACUCGGGAUGAAGCCGUCACCUUCAACGUCAGCCUGGCCGAGCCCCCAGUCCAGUUCCUUGCUCCAGAGGCAGCCCCUGCCCCACUCUGUGUGGCCCCUGGGGAGCCGGUGGUGCUGAGCUGCGAACUGUCCCGGGCCAGUGCCCUGGUCUUCUGGACUCACAAUGGGAGGCCGGUGCAGGAGGGCGAGGGCCUGGAGCUCCAUGCUGAGGGCCCCCGCCGCAUCCUCUGUAUCCGGGCCGCAGACCUGGCCCACGCAGGCCUCUACACCUGCCAGUCUGGGACAGCCCCGGGGGCCCCCAGCCUCAGCUUCACCGUCCAAGUGGCUGAGCCCCCCGUGCGGGUGGUGGCCCCCGAGGCAGCCCAGACAAGGGUUCGCAGCACCCCAGGCGGGGACCUAGAGCUGGUGGUGCGCCUCUCCGGGCCCGGGGGCCCUGUGCGCUGGUACAAGGACGGGGAGCGACUGUCGAGCCAGGGGCGGGUGCAGCUGGAGCAGGCCGGGGCGAGGCAGGUGCUGCGGGUGCGGGGGGCACGGAGCUGGGACGCUGGGGAGUACCUGUGCGACACGCCCCAGGACAGCCGCAUCUUCCUCGUCCGCGUGGAAGAACCACCACUGGCAAAGCUGGUCUCAGAGCUGACGCCACUCACCGUCCAUGAGGGUGACGAUGCCACAUUCCGGUGUGAAGUCUCGCCGCCAGAUGCCGAUGUCACCUGGCUCCGCAACGGGGCCGUUGUCACUCCGGGGCCGCAGUUAGAGAUGGCCCAGAAUGGUUCCAGCCGCACGCUGACGGUGCGACGCUGUCAGCUGGACGAUGCGGGGACCGUGACUGCCCGAGCAGGGGGCACAGCCACAAGUGCCCGGCUCCACGUUCGAGAAACGGAGCUGCUGUUCCUGCGGCGGCUGCAGGAUGUGCGGGCAGAGGAAGGCCAGGACGUGUGCCUCGAAGUAGAGACAGGUCGAGUGGGCGCAGCAGGUGCCGUGCGCUGGGUGCGAGGUGGGGAGCCCUUGCCCCGUGACUCGCGCGUGUCCACGGCCCAGGACGGCCACGUCUACCGCCUCUUCAUCCACGGCAUCGUCCUGGCCGACCAGGGCACCUACGGCUGUGAGAGCCACCACGAUCGCACCCUGGCCAGGCUCAGCGUGAGGCCGAGGCAGCUAAGGGUGCUGCGGCCUCUGGAGGAUGUGACCGUCACUGAGGGGGGCAGUGCCACCUUCCAGCUGGAGCUGUCCCAGGAGGGUGUGACCGGGGAGUGGGCCCGAGGUGGAGUCCGGCUGCAGCCGGGGCCCAAGUGCCACAUGCAUGCAGAGAGCCACAGUCACCGUCUGGUACUCAGCGGCCUGGGCCUGGCUGACUCGGGCUGCAUCACCUUCACGGCGGAUUCCCUGCGCUGCGCAGCCAGACUCACUGUGAGAGAGGCCCCAGUGACCAUUGUGAGGGGGCCACAGGACCUAGAGGUGACCGAGGGAGACACAGCUACAUUGGAGUGCGAGCUUUCCCAGGCCUUGGCUGAUGUCACUUGGGAGAAGGACGGGCGCCCGCUCACCCCCAGCCCUCGGCUCAGGCUCCAGGCCCUCGGCACGCGACGCCUUCUCCAGCUGCGGCGCUGCGGCCCCUUGGACGCCGGGACCUACAGCUGUGCAGUGGGGACGGCUCGCGCCGGCCCCGUCCGCCUGGCAGUGCGCGAGCGCACGGUGUCAGUGCUCUCCGAGCUCCGGGCGGUGCGCGCCCGCGAAGGCGACGGCGCCACGUUCGAGUGCACCGUGUCGGAGGUGGAGACCACCGGGAGCUGGGAGCUCGGAGGCCGGCCGCUGAGACCCGGAGGCCGCGUCCGCAUCCGACAGGAAGGGAGGAAACAUGUUCUGGUGCUGAGCGAGCUGCGCCCGGAGGACGCCGGUGAGGUCCGCUUCCAGGCGGGACCCGCCCAGUCCGUGGCUCAGCUGGAGGUGGAGGCACUGCCUCUCCAGAUGUGCCGCCGCCCGCCUCGAGAGAAGACGGUUCUGGUCGGCCGCAGGGCGGUGCUGGAGGUGACUGUGUCCCGCUCGGGGGGCCACGUGUGCUGGUUGCGGGAGGGGGUCGAGCUGUGCCCGGGAGACAAGUAUGAGCUGCGCAGCCACGGCCCCACCCACAGCCUGGUCAUCCAUGACGUGAGACCUGAGGACCAGGGCACCUACUGCUGCCAGGCCGGCCAGGACAGCGCCCACACACGGUUGCUGGUAGAGGCUAGGAGGACCGAACCAGGCCAGGCAGGUGCCCUCGGACAGCUUGGAAGGCGUGUGCCCGUACCCUGGGCAGGGGUGGGGAGGCAAGGGAACCACAGGUGUUGGGGACAAUAAAGUGGUGCAGUCCUUUUCCCUGGCUCUCUGUGUGAUGUAGGAGGGCAG